AUGAAUAAAGCCAAGAAAAUAAAAAAGCUUCUCGUUCGUCGAAACAAUAUUGUUGGGUCUGCAAAAUUGAUCAAGCAGUUUGAUGCUAAUUUCGUGUUCGACCGAGAUUUUCCUCAGCUCAAAUUUCGGAUCGAAAAACUUGAUCAGUUGUGGGAAGACUUUAAUGAGGUGCAAGCAGAAAUUGAGCUCGAAGAAGAAUUAGAAGCCGAUGUUUCUCCCAUACGCAUCGCAUUCGAAACGGAUUUCUUUCAACUGAAAGGAUCUUUAGCUGAAAAGCUUGAUGCUGUUGCAUCUACUAGAUCAUCACCUUCCCAUGAUACUCAACCUGCUCAAAGUACUCAUAUUCGUUUACCAGAACUCAAAAUACCCGAGUUCAACGUACAAAAGUUCCAGUAUCUAAAGGCUGUAUUGAAAGGCGAAGCACUACGUCUAGUUCAGUCUCUGACCGUGUCAGCAGCAAAUUAUACAAUUGCAUGGGAUACUUUGCGAAAACGCUAUGAUAAUAAGAAUCUGCAAAUAAAGCAACACUUUUCGGCUAUGUUGUCCACAACUUCGAUCCGGAAGGAGUCCGCAACUGCUCUAUCAGACCUAGCGGACGAAUUUGAUAAGCAUGUGAGUGUACUAAAUAAGCUGGAAGAUUCUAAAGAUCAUUGGAAUUCUUUUCUUGUCGAACUGCUAAGCAGUAAAUUGGACCUUGUUUCACAGAAGGAAUGGGAAUCUCAGUUGGACAAUGAUGGUCGUCCAACGUACAAUGACCUUAUCACCUUUAUUAAGAAACGCUCUCGUAUUUUGCAAUCUCUAACGCUCUCCCAAUCAUCGCAACAUGUUGCCAAGUCCGAUCUGAAGGCUGAAUCAAAACCUUGGCAUCAAGUUGAUGAUAAAGUGGCUCUGCCUAUCGAAAUGGCUCAAUGUGAACAAUACUCACGAUCGGCAUCGGUCGUCGAAUCGUCGCCGUCGGUUUCAUGCGUUAUCGAUCAACGUCAUGAGGUCCCACGGGCUAGUGGACUUGCUUCGUCGUCGUCGGGUAGACAUGGUAAUCGUUCAUCGUCUCUCGUUUCAUCGUCAGAAUCGCAAGGUAUACCGUCAAGGUCGGCUCUCAGUUCUUCACAAGUAACCAAUUGUCAAACUGUCAUCCCGAUGCACUCAUAUUUUUCGAAGGCUAAUAAAUCGGUUGUCUUCAUGUUGACUGCAUACGUGAAGGUCAAAGAUGUCAAUGGUCAAUACAUGUACGCUCGAGCGUUAUUAGAUUGUGCCUCCGAGGCCAAUUUUGUUACCGAAUCGCUUGCACAAGCUCUCCGUUUGAAACGCUCAUCAGCUAAUAUCGAUGUAUAUGGUAUCAGUCAGUCAGUAAAAAAGGUGAAACAGCAAAUACCUAUUAUUGUGGCAUCACAAUACUUCCAACGGUCAAUGUAG